CCGGUUGAACCGGUAAAACCGGAAAUCAGAGUCUGGCCGAUACGACAAGCGGUUUGUGGUGAAGAAGUCGUCCCGGCCGGUUUUACCGGUAAAACCGGUUCAACUCAGAAAGCCGCCCGGUUUUGGUCUGACCGGGGUCAGCUAACUGGAACGACACGGCGUCGUUUGUGGUGAAGGGAAAAAAAAAAAUCGGCCGAAGCCUCAAAAGCAAAACCCUAAAUCUUCUCGCCGCUUCGUCCUCCUUCGUUUGCUGCUGCUGGCGACCUCCCACUUCAUUUCGAGCGACGACCAGCCCGGCGAUCCUCCCUCCUCUUCCCGACCGGCGUAUUCUUCUCGAGUGGCGACCCAGGGCCCGGCGAUCCUCCCUCUUCUCGACCGGCGAGGCGGCGACCGGCGACCGGCACGCGACUCCCUCCCCUGCUCAAGGCUGCUCCGCCUCUGUUCCGCCACUACUCCGCCGCUGCUCUGGCACGCGUCUCCGGCACCGGCACGCGACUCCCCCCUGCUCAAGAAGACACGGCGGCAGCAGACUCAGAUAAACAACAGUUCACGGUGAAGCAUGUGCAGCUAUGGAAGGUAGCAUAUCAUAUCACAUCACCUAAAUGGACUCACAACUACUAUCUUGCGGCCAUCUCUGUCCAUUAUGCCAAGUA